CCGGCAGCCAAGAAGCAUGCCAUGUGUGCCGAGAGCACUGUACGAAAGGUAACAGCUGCACUGGUGGGAGGUUGAAGAGGCUCCGCGGUUCAUGGCGGCGAAGAAGAUGAAGAAGCAGGCCGACGUCGACAGGCGAUGGAGCUGGAUGGUGAGCGCCGUGCUCGCCGCCUUUCUGAUGACCGUGGCGCCCCUCGCCGUCGUUCUCGGCUGGCGCAAUGUUGGAGCGCCGGCAGUCUGGAUUGAUACUGCCGUGGCCGGCUUACGCCAAGGUUCGAAUGGUCUUUCCUUCUUGGACCGGAGGACAACACGCUACGACAGGCUUCUAGGUGGCCUAUUGAACGACGGCUUCGACUUCGAAUCCUGCCAUAGCAGGUACCAAUCAGCCAUGUACCGUCGAAAUGCCGGCAGGCGACCCUCCUCGUACCUCAUCUCCAAGCUACGACGUCACGAAGCCCUGCAGAGACGGUGCGGCCCGGGCACCGCGGUCUACAGCAACGCCCUGGAGCAGCUCAAGUUCGGCAAGAGCGUCGCGUUACCGGAGUGCAGGUACAUCGUCUCCAUAUCGUACCGCGGCCUAGGGAACCGGAUCCUCGCUGCCGCGUCAGCGUUCCUGUACGCCGUGCUCACCGACCGCGUCCUCCUCAUCGACCCCAGCAACGAGAUGGGCCAGCUGUUCUGCGAGCCGUUCCCCAAUACGACGUGGCUGCUGCCGCCGGGCUUUCCACUGACGGACUACACCAACUUCAGCAUCGACACCGCCGAGAGCUAUGGGAACAUGCUGAAGAACAAGGUGAUCGGGACCACCGCUGCCGCCGAUGUUUCACCGGCGCAAGUGCCCGCGUUCGCUUACGUUCAUCUCGACCACGACGCUAGCAUUCACGACAAGUGCUUCUACUGGGACGAAGACCAGGGGUUGCUCCGGCACAUCCAGUGGCUGGUGAUGAGGACGGACCAAUACAUCGUGCCGGGGCUGUUUCUUGCACAUGCAUUCCAAGAGGAGCUUGACCUGCUGUUCCCGGAGCCGGACACCGUGUUUCACCACCUCGGCCGGUACCUGUUCCACCCGAACAAUCAUGUCUGGGGCCUGGUCACGCGGUACUACGACGCCUACCUCGCGGCGGCGCAGCACCGAGUAGGCAUCCAGGUGCGCGUCUUCGGCGCCCAGCCGAACUCGCCGGAGCUCCUGGAGCAGAUCACGACGUGCACGCAGAAGGAGAAGUUGCUCCCGGAAGUGCUCACCUCGGGAGAGCCGAUCUUGUCAGCGCCCAGUGUCAAGACGAAAGCUCUUCUUGUCACCUCGCUCAAGUCCUGGUACUACGAGAAUAUCAAGAGCAUGUACUGGGAGCACGCGACGGCUACAGGGGAGGCGGUGAGCGUGCACCAGCCGAGCCACGAGGAGUUCCAGCGCUUCGGCGCCAAGUCGCACGACACCAAGGCGUGGGCCGAGAUAUACCUGCUGAGCUUGACGGACGCGCUGGUGACCACUGCCUGGUCGACGUUCGGGUACGUGGCGCAGGGGCUCGGCGGUCUGAGGCCGUGGGUAAUGUACAAGCCGGCGAACGACACUCAAGUACCGGACCCGCCGUGCGGCAGGGACGUGUCCAUGGAGCCGUGCUUCCUCAAGGCGCCGGGCUACGAUUCCCGGCUCAACCGGUGGGUGGAUAUCACUAAGAUUGUGCCGCACGUCCAGCGAUGCGGCGACGCUGGCUGGGGGGUGAAGCUUGUUGGUCGAAAUGAAUAGGGGCCGGGCGGCCGGGGUACAGGACACUGGACAUAGCAUUGGAACAUCGAUAGAAAUCUUGGAUUGACUGUUGACGGUAGUAAGCACGACUACAGAAAUGUAAGGGGUCAUAUUUGCUCACUUAUGCCUCCAAGAAAAUAUGACUGUUCCGAUCUUUAAAAAAUACUUAUGAA